AUGCCCAAGGAAGACCAGUGCACGCUCACCAACGACGCACCCGCGCCUCUUGCUGGAAUCUACUCGCAAGCGGUCCGCGCGGGAAACUUUGUCUACACGUCGGGCUCAGUCGGUAUGACUCCUGAGGGCAAGAUGGUGGCAGGCACCGUUGGGGACAGGACCCGACAGGUCAUCAAUAACCUCGAAGCCGUUCUCAAGGCCUCGGGAAUGGACCUUACCCAUGUCGUCAAGGCCAACAUUUACCUGUCCGACCUCUCGCGCGACUUUAACGCCGUCAACGACGUGUGGAAGGAGAUGAUGCCCAACCCCAAACCGGCGCGCACCUGCGUCGGUGUCGCCGAGCUCCCUGCCGGCGGCACCGAUGUCGAGAUCGAGUUCGUCGCCUACAAGGACUGA